CAUGCAGAUCUGUAUUUAACCCACCCAGCUCUGUGGAGGAGUGAAGACAGCCUCCUGAGGCAGGCGUUCAAGAUGAUUUCCUCAUUAUGGAUGUUUGGGGCACUUUGCUGUCAGAUGUUGCUUCCGGGCCUUCUGGAAGCCAAAUCUUUGUUAAAUGUCAUCCAGCAGGAAGAGAUGGUUCCUGUCGGUGAUCUCAGUAUCGACUCAGAGAGAGCAAACGACUUUCUGACUCACUCCAGACCGAAGCGUAAUGCGGACCCCAGAUGGUACAGAUCCAACCCAGACUUUCAGGCUUACUACCGCUACUACAGCAGCAUCGGACACACUGAGGGGCUCUAUGAAAUCGACAAGCUGAGGAUGCUCUACCAGCAGAUGAGGUACCUGGAGCACACCUAUGGCCCCAACGCCUCCUACUUCCAGAGCAAACUGGGGCUUGGGCAGAUGCCCAUGUGUGACCCGGCCACAGACAAGAAGUGCAAAGUCCUUCUCCCUCCUCCCCCUCCAAUGAAAGGUGUUCCAAGGCCCACAGAGCCCCCAGCAACACCUCCUCCUCCUCCUCCUAUUGCUCCAUCCAUCUCUCAGGCUGAUGUCCUCUACCUGUGCAACAAGAAGGACCCCCUCUGUAAGCCCCACAUCGUCUACAUGCCCACUGGUGCCGUGCCUGUACUCUGUGACCCGCGCUACCACCCCAAGUGUAUCCCCCAGAAAGCACCAGAGGCAGUCGCAGUGCCCCAAUAUCAUGUACUCCCUCCUAAAAAAUCUGCCCCACCUCCACCUCCUCCAGUCCUCGUGAAGAAGUCUCCCCCCGCCCCCAUCCGCACCUUCAAGGGCAUGGAGUAUGACUGUGACCCCUACUGGGAUCCAGACUGCCUGAUCGACCACCCACCCAGGGCCAUGAAGGGGAAAGGGGUUGUUCUCCCACCACCUCCCCCUAUUAUGGUAAAGGAAAAGAAAGAGGAGCUGGUGGAGGAGCCAGCUCCUGCUGCUCCCAUCGGGAAGAAAGUAGCCCUCUACCCUUACCCGUACUACCACCCUAUGCCUUACGACCCCAGAGAUGAUCUGUACGACCCCGCCCGCUUCCAGUAUCCUCAGCCUGCUGCCUCUGCUGACGAGCCUGCAGAGGACAGUCAGUGAAACAAGCAGGAGACGCUGGAGGAGGGAGGUUCAUCUUUAAAAUCAAACAGACUUUAGCAGCUGAACAGUUUAGAGGGAUUCUAACAUCUUGUAAAUGUACUUUUGAAGAAAACAACGUGAGCUAAAGCAUUGAAAAGUUGCAGUAUUUGUUCCAAGCUUAUUAAAAUGUAAAUGUAUUUACCAUCACACUGCUAUGCUUUGUUCUCAACCAACAGAAGCAUAUAAUACAAAUGACUUUCUGAGUGAUAAGACAAUAAAGUGUCACAAAACAA